GUUUCUCUCUACUUUGUCCCCCGUCCAUCCAUUUCUCUCUAUAAAUCCUUCCCCAGCCAUUCCUUUUCUCUCCUUCCCCUAUCUCUCUUCAUUUCAUUAUCUUCUCUCUCUCCACCCAUUUUUCCCACACUAGCUCUCCAACUUCAAGAUCUGGCGUUUGUUUGAGAUGGAGAUAUUUGUGAGAGAUUAAAGAAAAGCUUGGUUUUGGGUUUCUUACCGCAGAUCUGGAAGAAUUAUAUAUAGAGAUGAUGAAUCGGUUCGGGAGUAGGAAGAGCGGUUUUGCUGCCUGCGAGGAGAUGAGAGGCGUCGCCGAGCGGAACGAGUCGGUGGUGUGCCCCAAGCCCCGCCGGCUCACCCAGCUUACCGCCGGCGUCGACCCGGUCCGGCCUUUCCGAUGGCACGCCUGUACUCAGGUGGAGCUGCUUUGUGAAUCCAAAGCGGGCACGGAGCUUCUAGAUAUUUUUCUUACAAAGGGUGCAGAGGCGACCCAGGUGGCGUCGUCGCCGCCGUUCUUCUGCGGGUCGCCACCGAGCCGGGCGUCGAACCCGCUGGUCCACGACGCGAGAUUCGGCGAGGAGAAGCCCGUCGGCCCGUCCCUCCUCCCGCACGCCAUCAUCCCCUCCGGCUCGCCUGUGGGCCCCGCGACGUCAGCUUCCCGAAAGGGCUGCGGGCCCACCAAGUUCGGGCUCAAGCCGGCCGCCAUGAGGGUCGAGGGUUUUGAUUGCCUCGACCGCGAUCGCAGGGGCUGCGGCAUCACCGCCAUCGCCUAAAAAUUAAAAAAUUUCCGAACAUUGCCUACGAAAAAAAAAAAAUCCAACUCUUAUAUAUUUAAU